AUGCAUUCAGGCUCGAGACGAUUAACCAGGAGUACGUACAUCGGCGAUACCAGCCCAACCAACGGAAGCAGCAGAAAUCGCAAACGGAGGAGUAGCAGCACCGAUUCCGAAAACGGGUGGAUACCGCCCCCACCCCUACUGCCCCUAGGUACCAAGUUCUUGAUCACCAGCUCACACACACCUGCCCAGCUGUCACCCCCACUCUCUCCGUCGACCUCAAAUGACCCGAUCUCCACUCAGAUUGCCAUCGCCCAUCUCAAAUGCCAACCCUCACACAGCGCUUCCGACCAGCUCAAUGGAUCAGAGACUAUUACCACACCAACCCUUUCGGCAAGCUUCAGGAUAUUGUCCGAUCAUGAACUCGCCAUCCCCCCAUCAUCGCAAGACCAACAAGAUAGCAGCUGUUCAGAAUUCAUCACACUAGAAACCAAGUUCUUUACCCAACGCCAUCGACAAUCUGAGAUGAUCGAAAAACGUUCAAAGAAACUCGAGAAGGAGAAGCUGCUUCAUGAGAGGUUCAAACUGAAAAACCGGCUGGAACUAUUGAUGAACGGAUCUGGGCCCGAUUGGAAAUCCGUUCGGACUUUGACUCUACAAAGGAUUAAGGAAGAUGAACUGAGACAGCGAGCUGCCGGGAAUCUUCCACCUCAAUCUGAUCAGCUCCCUCGCGAGACUGAAUACGACAAAGUCGAACGGAUGAGACGGAUCAUGGUUCAGGAGACUGAAGAAACACUAAAGAGAUACGACAGACUACUCGAUACGCGAAAAAUCUCCAAACCUGUACCAGCAGUUCAAUUGACUCAACUGAAGAGGUAUCCAGGUUUCACCAUCAAACCCGAACAUCGGCUCAGUCAGCCAAUCACCAACAAUCAACAGUCAACCUCCUCUUCAAGUCCGAUCACUCUUCCCCAAUCCCCUCAAGCCCAAUCCUCUCAAUCUAUCAAGAUCGACGAACCUCUAUCACGAUUACGAGAGUCGCUCUACGAUUCACUGUCAAUCAGAAGAUUGGCAACGGAUGAUCAGAUCGUCAACGGACAGAAAAGAGUCGGCCGAUCGAUUUAUGCACUUGGAUGUAAAUUACCAGAUAUCAGCAAGAUCCAACUCGACUAUUUAUCAAGAUUGCAAGCGAUGGCAUCUGAAAAGUGCCCCUCGUCUCACUCCACUCCGUUCGAUAGACCCGAGAGAGUGCUCCCGCUCCAUCAAGCGGACUCGACCUCCAAAAAGAACGAUCGAACUGAACCUGCCGAUGAGGAGGAUGAUAAGGAUUGGAUCGAAUUCAAUCCGACAGUCAACGAAGAGAAGGAAAUCAUCUUGCACCAAUCGGAAUUUGCAGGGGAUUCGAAAUUUUUCGAGUUGGAUGAAGAAGUAAAAUAUAUCGAAGAGCAAAAGUGGAUUCAAUUUCAAAAAAACCAGCCCGACAAGGAAACGAUGGGCCCUCUUUCUGAGGCCUCUCUCCGGCAGAUCAUCAAUGGUGGAAAAUCUAUUCGCAAGUUAAUUGAAGAACGCAUCUCGAGUUGGAAUGAGUAA